AUGACAGCCGCUACUGCUAGUACCAACAACAAUGCCGAAGCUGCUGGUCGAUUCUCUAACAAACUUGUCCGACGCUUGAAAACGACCAUGUCGAAUGGUCUUACACUUGGUUUCCUCGCGGGUUCCCGUCCACAAGACGAUCAAUACGUUUUCCUCUUCGAGGACAUGCAGGAGCAGUGGGAGUCGGAGUUUCAUGUUGCUACCGAGCGUCACAUGAAUCCAUCUCGGCAGUAA